CGAAAUUUGUACUCAAACAAACAUCCUUUCAAGUAUAUAUGGAGACAUGUCAGAUUAAGUGAUGGGUAAAGUUAAAGAACCAGCUGCAAAGGCUGGAGGUCAGAAAACAUUGGAUAACUUUUUCAAGAAGUCUUCAGAAGUCAAGAAAUCAUCUGAGCUGUUUACAGAGCAAGGGAAAGACAAAUUCUCUUCAGUGAAACUAAAAGAUCGGAGCAAAGACUCCUGUAUUAUAAUCGAUGGUGAAGAAGACAACAAAGACUUUAAACCACAGAAGAGUGCAAGGAAUACCGCAGCCCAAAAAGAAGCUCCUAGUAAUGAUGCUCAGAAUAGUGAAAUGAUCUUAGAGGGCUGUAGGAAGGUGACUUGUAUUCCAGAAACCCAGGCAACCCUCACUACUCCGAGUAAACAGAACACUAACAGUGAAAAUGCAGAUGAUGAAAACAUAGAUUUGGGUUUAAUACCUGAUACCCCACAAGAUAAAAAUGAUCUACUCAGGCCCAAGAAACCAUUAGGUAGAAGUUUUCUUCUGUCAGCGGUACAAAUGACCACCAAUCCUAUACAGCAGGCAAAAGAGAACCGCAAAGCUAAGCUGGAGCUUAAACGUAAACAAGCCAGCCUUGCAAGGAAAGCAGUUGUGUCUGUGUCAGUUCAGUUUAGUGAAGGUAAUAAGAAAACAGAUGAUUCAAUCUGUACCAGGAAUGAUUCUGAUAUUACUCAAACUGACGGUGUAAAUGGCCACAGUGAGGUGAGUUUAAUUGACGCUGGUAAUGUUUCUGUUGUGGAUCCAACUCUAGGUAACACUCCAACAAAAUUUUACAAUGACACUGGGUCGAUGAAGAGAAUGGCAAAGCAAGGCACUUCUCCUGACUCAAAAAGAAUUAGCGAUCCAAAAACAUGUGAAUUUAACAAUGCCAACAGUUUUAAUUGUGAUAAACUCAGUAGUAACAAUAGUACUGAUGUUAAAACUUUAUCUCAUUCUGGAGUGAAGCAGCAGUUAUUCGUUGAACAAACUUGCUCAGAUGCAAACAAGACAGUACCAGCAGGUGCUUCAGUGACAGAAUUAAAUGUUUUAUCGAAACAAAAUACCCAGAAAAGUGUUCAUAAGUCUGCAAUGGAGAGGAAAAAAGAAAAAUUAAGAAGGAAAAGCCUGGAGCUAAAAAUGGCGGCAAAGGAGGAGAAGAAGAGGCAGAAUGAGAAGCUCCUUCAGUACCAGCUGACCGGCACAUCAGAUGAUAUGAUGUCCUCGGAGCGUGUUGUAUCAGUGGCUGGUGAUGACGCACUGGGGGACAUUCUUCAGGAACUGAACAGUCCUGUUCAUAGUGGAACAAGACCAAGCUCAGCCCCAGGGUCAGGCCUUAACUCUGCCCAAGGGUCAUGCCCCACCCCACCAAGCUUCACUCGCACCAAACCUCACAAGACCCCCGCCAGUAAGAACUCUAGUCCUGGUGCUGUGGGGAGAGACAUGCCGGACUGUAGUGCACUGGUAGAGGAGUGGACUGCAGAGGAUGAUGCUUUUUUCUCUAACCUUGGUGUAAGCACUGAGACUAAAGGCCAUGUAUCUAAGUCUUCAGACAAAGGCACAGAAAGGCCUAUGUUGGAUGCUACAGAGAGAACUGUAAAAUCUACUAACAUAGUUCAUCUAAAAAGCCGACAGAAGAGGAACACUAUUGAAAAUGGCAAAACAAACCUAGCAGAAACUAGCAAAUGUGGUGAAAUAACAGAAAUAGAGCAGUUCUUAACUCAAAAUGCGGAGACAAAAGACACAAGCAUGAAAGAGCAUGCUGAGUGUAAGAUAGAAGAGUUUGCAUCACAGUGGUCUGUUGGUGUUGAAACAAGAGAAGAAAACGGGAUGCUUGUUUUUGAUGACCAAGUCCAGACUGAAGCUCCUUGUUCACAGUACGGUAGAUACACAGUCACAAAGGUCACACAAAACAGAGAUAAAUAUCAAACUGUAUUGGAGCUGAAAUCUGCUGCAGAUGAGGAAUCAAAGUUCUGUACUCUACAUGGGUUCUGGUUAGACACCCACGUGGAGGAAGGGGACACAGUGCACGUGCUGGGGGAGUUUGUUGACAGCCAUUGUCAUAUGACCGACACCGAGGGGCUGCUUGUUGUGAACCCUGACCUUCUGCUCUCCGGAACCACUGUCGUCUCCGCAUGCUUCUGUAUGCGAAAGUCAAUUCUCAAGGAAAAGUUCAAAGGCUGUGACAGCAGGAAUGUGUACAUGUUGUACGGCAGUAUCAUACACACCAUCUUCCAACUGGUGCUAAAAAAGAAGCUGAUAAUAGCAGAUGAUAUACUGAAAGAGGCAGAGAUUGUUCUUCGACAGGCCUCAAACCUUCUUGAGAUGUAUGCUAACAAGACAACAGAGGGAAAGGUGAUGGAUGAAGUGCGUUCCUACGUGCCGCAGAUGAUCACCUGGGUGAAACACAACACAACAUUCACUCAAAAGGCCGGUGGUAACAGCUCAGAUGUGAUGGUGACCAAAGUGUGUGACAUUGAAGAAAACAUUUGGUCUCCAAGGUUUGGUAUCAAGGGAAAGAUUGAUUUGACGGUUGAGGCAAGAAUUAAAGGAGAGCCAGGCAAGGUGACAGUACCUCUGGAGCUGAAAACGGGCAAGACCAGUUUUUCCAUAGAACACAAGGGACAGGUAUCCUUAUAUUCAAUGAUGUAUGGGGACCGGCGUGAGGACCCCAGGCGUGGCCUACUACUCUACCUUAAGGAGCCCAGUAUGAAGCUUAUCCCUGCUGAACACCUGCACCAGAAAGGUUUGAUACAGAUGAGAAAUGAGAUGGCAUAUUACAUUUCCCGCCAGGUGGCAAAGUCAGAAGACGACAGUGGCAUAGCAACCUUCACACUUGGCAGAAUGCCAGAGCCUAUCUCAAACAUACGGGCAUGCCAGAAGUGUCCACAGCUCAUCAACUGUGCAAUAUACCAGAGAGAAGUUGAGAAGCGACCAUUGAAUGGCAGUGGAAUGGCAGGGCUGGUAAAUGAGACUCUGGGUCACCUGACCACAAGUCACAUGACCUAUUUCAUCCAAUGGUGUCUUAUGUUAGAUCUGGAGGCACAGGUCGACCAAUCAAAGAGGACAGUAGCUGAUAUCUGGUGUAAAAGCUCUGUUGACAGGGAGGAUGGGGGUCAGUGUUUGAGCGGGAUGGUUCUGACUGAGGAUGUGGUAGCGGAACCUGGCACUGACAUAGUCAUCAUCUCCUUCACUAGAAAACCAGGCCAUAUCAGGUCAACCCCACUUCAUGAGAUUGGUUUGUGUGUACAGGACAGUAUUGUGGUGAGCCGUGAGUCCCCAGCCUGGGUGGCUGUGUGUACAGGAUUUGUGCAUGAGAUCUCAGGAAACAUGAUUAAACUACUCACAGACAGGGAGUGUGUGGAUCGACUGCAAGGCUUGCACGGUGCUGUCUGGCGGCUGGAUAAAUGUGACAACUUCAGCACAGCAAGCAUCCUCUACACUAAUGUCUCCAGACUUAUGGCUGAUGACCCUCACAGUCACAAGCUUCGAAGGCUGAUCAUAGAGAGGAUCAAACCAGAGUUCACCAACACGCUGUCUAAAGGAAAUAUUGAAAAAGUGAAAACUGUUUUCAAAAAGCUUAACAAACCACAGAAAACAGCCAUUUUAAAGGUGCUGAUGAGCAAGGACUAUGUAUUGAUAAAGGGAUACCCAGGAACUGGUAAGACAUCUACAAUCGUUGCCCUGGUGCAGGUCCUACACACCCUCGGUCUCUCCGUUCUCCUCACCAGCUACACACACUCCGCUGUAGACAACAUCCUCAUCAAACUUAAACAGGAAGGUAUGGACUUCCUGCGUGUGGGGCGUGUGUCAAAGAUCCACCCAGAAAUAAAGCCCUACACUGUGGACAGGAAGUUGGCAGGCUGCACCGGGGUUAACGAGCUGGAGAACAUGUACAUGAAACAGAAAAUUGUGGCGAGCAGCUGUCUGGGCCUUAACCACUCAUUGUUUAGUGGGCGGGUGUUUGACGUGUGUAUAGUUGAUGAGGGGUCCCAGGUUCUGCAGCCUGCAUGUCUCGCCCCACUGUUCACUGCCCACAGGUUUGUCCUGGUGGGAGACCCACGCCAGCUACCACCUGUUGUCCAGAGUAAGGAAGCUAGGGCCCUCGGCAUGGAUGAAAGUCUCUUCGUACACCUUGAUGGCAUGGGUGCAACAUUUGAACUGAACCUGCAAUAUCGCAUGAACAGUGAGAUCAUGAAGUUAAGUAACCAGUUGGUGUACGAUGGCAGCCUCAAGUGUGGAAGCCCAGAUGUUGCCAGUCAAACCCUCACAUUACCCCAUCCACACACGCAGGAACAGAUAUUGAGUGGCGCCCCCUGGAUGGCCAGAGUUCUGGAUACCAGUCUACCCUCCUCUGUCCUCUUCCUGGAUACCAGUCAGAUUGGUGCAGCCCAUUGUAAAGUGAAGGGCAGAGGGUUCCGAAAUGAGACAGAGGCCAGACUGGUGCAGCAAAUAGUGGCAGGGCUAACACAGGUAGGGGUAGAACCUGGUGAUAUAGGAGUGAUUGCCCCAUACCGCAGUCAGGUGCUGCUACUUCAGGGCCGGCUAGGUCAAGGUCAUGGUUCUGAGGUUGAGGUUAACACGGUGGACCAGUACCAGGGCAGGGACAAACACGUCAUUAUCAUCUCAUUUGUCAUGAGUUGUGCUGCAGGACAAAAGGAACAGGCUGGUGAGUUGUUAAAAGAUAUUCGUCGUUUGAAUGUGGCUGUUACCCGAGCCCGCUGUAAGCUGUUACUGCUGGGAGAUGCCACCACCCUGCGACGGUUUGAGCCAAUGAGAGCCAUUCUGGAGAUACUCACAAAUGACGAACAGAUUAUUUCUGUGCAAUGAUUGACCAGUGUCUAGUGUACACUACCGCAUGGAUGAGUGCCCAUGUGAAUGGGGUCAAACAUUACAAAGAAGUAGAAGACCCAUUCAACCAACGAAAAGACUUGGACAUUCAAAUUUACUUACACGAGUAAUGAAGUAAUAUUUUCUAAGCAGCAUUUAACAUGAAAUAAUACAUGGUUGUUCAAUAAUUAUAUUAUAUAAAUUAAAGUGCUAAUAGAAGUGUUAUAAGCUUUAACUCAGGAGAGCAAACUUAUUUACUGUGAUUUAUGCAACAUUGGCAUUGAAAAUUGUUUAAAUCAGGUCACAUUAUACAUUAUUUUGCAUGAAUUUAUCAAUGAGUAUACCUGCAGCUUUACAUUUGAAUGAUUUUAUAUGAAAACUGUUUGCAAAUUGUGUUCAA